AUGGGGGCAGCAAGUAAAAUGGCUAGAGUCGAUUCGGAGACUGCAUGGAACAACAAGGGACCCUGGAUUGCUGAGGGGGAAGCAGAAAGGUCUAAAAAUACAGGAAAGCGAGCAUUCAUAUUUUCAGACCAUUUCCCCCAGUGUUCUAUCAUUAAAAACUCACACGCAUGUUUUUCUUUUCCUUUUAAGGGUGUACCUCAGUUACCAUGUGCCAAAGCAUUAUACAACUACGAGGGGAAAGAGCCUGGAGACCUCAACUUCAGCAAGGGCGACAUCAUCAUUUUGCGUCGACAAGUGGAUGAAAAUUGGUAUCAUGGAGAAGUCAAUGGGAUUCAUGGAUUUUUCCCCACUAACUUUGUGCAGAUUAUUAAACCCUUACCCCAGCCUCCACCUCAGUGCAUAGCACUUUAUGACUUUGAAGUGAGAGACAAGGAAGCUGACAAAGACUGUCUGCCAUUUGCAAAGGAUGACGUCCUGAUGGUGAUUCGGAGAGUGGAUGAAAACUGGGCCGAAGGGAUGCUGUCCGACAAGAUCGGGAUAUUCCCCAUUUCUUAUGUUGAGGAGGGAGAAGAGAAACUGAGCAGAUGUGCCUUCUCCCCUUCUCUGAAGUCCUGCACAGCUGGGCUUUGUGCUCGGCUGAGCCAGGUACAUGGGAUCAGCUACUGCUGGCAAGUGUUCCUGAGCCCACACCACACGACACCGUUUGGUCAUGCGGGGGGGAGGAGAGUGGAGCUUCUGCGGAUGAAACUCAAGCAUGUGUUGGGCUUCCAUAUUUUUUUCUUAGGGGCUGGGGAGGGUGAAAAGAUCUUUAAGAAGGAGUUGAAUUCUGAUUCAUGGAAAAAUUCAGGACCUGGAAACAGAACGCCUUCGGAGCUCAGGGAUAAGAAAAGUGGGGAGCCACCAGGUGACAUGCAGAUCUGUAUCCAACAGGCUCCCCUUUCAGGGACUGGAUUUGCUGAAAGAGCCAUGGCGCCAAGCCCACCUGAGGCUACAGUCCUUCCGAGCCACGGGGGUAGCGUGGAGGAGGAUCUUUUCAUUUCAAGAGAGGAAGCCCAAUCGCCUCCCCCCGCUUCGGGGUAUCAGCUCGUGAUGUGUAACUUGAGUGGAAUCGAUCAGGUUCACAUCAGUACCACUGGGCUAAUUGUGACCCCACCUCCGAGCAGUCCCGUCACAACGGGCCCUUCGUUCACCUUCCCAUCAGAUGUGCCCUACCAAGCUGCUCUUGGAGUUCACAUCAGUACCACUGGGCUAAUUGUGACCCCACCUCCGAGCAGUCCCGUCACAACGGGCCCUUCGUUCACCUUCCCAUCAGAUGUGCCCUACCAAGCUGCUCUUGGAAACAUGAAUCCUCCGCUACCCCCACCUCCCCUCCUGGCUGCCACUGUCAAUGCCUCGACAUCUCCAGCUGCUGCCUCCUCCGGAGUGGGACAGAGACCUGCAGGAUCUGCUGACCAAAUUGCACAUUUACGGCCCCAGACGCGACCCAGUGUGUAUGUUGCUAUUUACCCAUAUACACCCCGGAAAGAGGAUGAGUUGGAGCUGAGAAAGGGGGAGAUGUUUCUGGUGUUUGAGCGAUGCCAAGAUGGGUGGUUCAAAGGGACUUCUAUGCACACAAGCAAGAUAGGAGUUUUUCCUGGAAACUAUGUGGCACCAGUCACAAGGACCGUGACGAGUGUAUCCCAGUCUAAAGUCUCGAUGUCUACUUCUGGCCAGACGGGCCGGGUGGUGACCAUGGUCAGUCCGUCCACCACGGCGGGGCCUUCCCAGAAGCUGCAGGGGAACGGCGUGGCAGGGAGCCCCGGCGUGGGGCCUGCCGCGGUGGCGUCCGCCGGCCACAUCCAGACGAGCCCGCAGGCCAAGGUGCUGAUGGCCAUGACCGGCCAGAUGACGGUCAACCAAGCUCGCAACGCCGUCCGUACAGUUGCCGUUCACAACCAGGAGCGCCCCACAGCUGCGGUGAUGCCCAUCCAGGUGCAGAACUCCGCUUGCCUCGGCCCCGCCGCCAUGAUCCUCCCCCAUCAGCAACCUCAGCCUUCGAUCCCGACCUCCGCUGCCUACGUCGCUGCUGCCGUCAACCUCAACCGGCCGACGAUGCCGAUGGCCUGUGUGGCCACUGCUUCUCUGAACUCCCCCGGCGUUCCCGGCACCUCUCUGGAGACAGAACUGAGUGGCCGGGCAGGGACGGCUCUCCCCGGACCCCCCACUUCUCCUGAGAGCGUGGUAUCUGCUGGUGGAAACAGCCUCGCCACCAAAUCGGACAACGUGAGCAAGAGGCGCACAGCUUCUAGCCACUUGGUCUUCGCCUCAACGGAUCCGAGGAUGCAGAAACACGUGGCGUGGCUGGAUUGGUGGUAUGUCACCCUGCCCAGAAAUCUUCUUGGACUCUGCAUGGCUCAAGUACAAAUUCGUGCCCCCUUCUCUGUUUCCCUUUUUGUUGCCAGAUGCAUUGUUAGAAUGAGGCCAGACGGGGACGGGGAGACCGUGGAGGACCCAUGCAGCUGUACCUACACAGCGGGUUGUCGGUCUGCCAAAAACAAAGCAACAACAACACCCAAACCCUUCCUUUCCCAAGAGAGUAGCUUCUGGUUACGUCCAGUUCUGUGUUUCUCCAGCCCUCUGCGUUCAAGGCCAGAGUCCAAGAUCGGAGCUGCUCUGGGGCGCGCGUGCAGGACGGUCUCUAAGGCUGCACCUGGUAGUCAUGUCUUGAUGAAAACGUCUUCUCUCUCUUACAGGCACCGAGUGGUAGUUUCUUAUCCCCCUCAGAGUGAGGCAGAGCUCGAACUCAGGGAAGGCGAUAUCGUCUUCGUCCACAAGAAGCGGGAAGAUGGCUGGUUUAAGGGCACCCUUCAGCACAAUGGAAAGACUGGCCUUUUCCCGGGGAGCUUUGUGGAAAACAUCUGAGAAGACUUCACUGUAUUGAGAAAGCUUCAAAUCCCAUGACCCAAUGAAAGAGCACAAAUGAUCUUAGUGGAAAAAAAAAAAAAAAAAAAAAGAGCACAAUCACCCAUUUUCAGAUGAUCAAGGAUAGAAACAGACUUCUGUAACUGCAGCCAUCAGCCAGAGACGACGGCAGCUUUGUCUGUGGCUUUUCUCCCUUUGGAUUCUGAUGUGUGAUAUGUGCCUUGGACUGUCUGAUUUCUUCUCCAAAAACAAACCUUUUUCUUCUUAUCUGUAACAAAAAUGGACAAUUGUUUACAAGGCUGUAACUAAUUUAUUUGCUUUUUUUUUAAACUUGAAUUCUUGUUAUAGAUAAAUUCUUGGGAUUAUGAUUUUAACAGAUUAUUAAUUUAUGAAAUGAUGCUAAGGAGAAGCUGGAUUCUCUCCUGAUGAGCAAGUGAUUCUUUUGGACAGAGAGUGCAUUCCCCUUCCUUGAUCGUGUCCUCCUUUUAAGCUGUGUGUGGCAGAUUGUAACUUGUCUUUUUGAAAAGGGGUCUGUUGUUGUUGGGUUGUGACGAUGGUGGUGUCUUGUUAAAUUGAUGAAGUCUCUGUAUUUUGUGCCCUCAGAAAAAAGAAGUAGUGAUCUGUCUUCUGGCUCUCCCUUUUCUCAAAUGACAGGAGACUUAGAACUGAAUCCACAAGCAACAAGGAUGUAGAGAGGAGUGAGAAAAUGA